CUCUUUACAUAAGUUUCUUCCGGCCGCUGUGUCUCUUCAGAAACCAAGAUGGCGACAUUCAGGCGGCUCUCCCAAGCACUGCUGAGGUCUUCAUUGACCCAGACCAAACGUCAGCUUUCUGCCUCUGCCCACGGUCACGGCGAGGACGCGGCCAAGACAUGGAAGAUCCUGACCUUCGUGGUAGCUCUGCCCGGUGUUGCUGUGUGCAUGUUGAACAUGUACCUGAAAGAACAGAGUCACAGCCAUGAGCAGCCCGAGUUUGUCCCCUACACCCACCUUCGCAUUCGCACCAAGCGUUUCCCUUGGGGAGAUGGCAACAAAUCCCUUUUCCACAACCCCCACGCGAACGCCCUCCCUGAUGGCUACGAGGGCCAUGAUGAAUAAAGCCCUUUUUCCAGACCUCACAACUGGUUCAGGGACCAGUCCUCUCUCAGCGUCUGUUACUGGACCACACUCCCAUUCACAGUUUACUCUUUAUUUUAUUGGUUGGUUUACCUCUGUGCUUCCUACAUGGGGCGCCUGAAAAAACUGUUCCGUUACUCUGGACCAUUACACAUAAUAUCUGUUUAGACUGAAUUAACGUGAAUAAUAAAGUAACUGUUAUUACCUCGA